AUGUCUGGGCAAUAUCCUCCUUCAUCACCAAUUGCAGCCUGUGAUGCAGGCCAUGACGACCCAUUUUAUCAACCUAACGGAAAACAUUCGCUUUCCACUCUCAAGUUCUUCAAGAAAAAGCCAGCAACCAACAAUGCGCUUGAUUACCCAACUCCAAAUCCAUCGUCGACUCUCGACAGAUCAUCGCCAAUCAAAACACGCGUGCACCUCCACAGCUCUCAAACCCCCUCCGAAUGCGAGCUUGAACAGGAACUACGCCACGAACUAAAAUCCCAUCACAACCUGAGGACGGAGCCUUUGGAGAUUUCAUUGGACGCCCGUUUCGAGACUAGAGUCACCGUAGGGCGUAAGAGCUCGCUAUGCGAUGUGGUUUUACCGCGUCAUAAAAAUGUGUCACGACUUCAUGCAUUUGUCACAUACUCGCCGGAGACCGAACAAGUUAAAAUAGAGUGCAAAGGUACAAAUGGUUUAAUUGUUGUCUUCCCUGUUAAACUUGACGUGAAAUUGCUUGCCUGUAAAGACCGCGCAAAUACCUACAACCUUGUGAACUAUCAUUCUGACGAUGCACAGACGGCAAACAAAGAACUUGUUCGUGAGACAGAGCUCACAUCAUUUGUUUUGCUCCAAGAAGAAACCGUUCAUAUGCCAUAUGUUGAGGGCACUAUUUUGGAUUUCAGACCAGUACAAUGUGAACUCAUACUGGAGGAAUAUGCAAGUGAACAAUACAAUGAUCCACAAAAUGAGACUGAGACAGAAGACGAAUUGCAAGCACUGCAAAUUACAAGUGAUGACUUCCCCCAGGACCCGCAUACUCCCACUAAGAGAUUAGUGCAAAUGCCCUUCCAGGAAAGAUCAUCCGUAUCAUUGCAAUCCAGACAACAACCCAAGGAACAGUGCCCACCUCUUCUAUCUCAAGCAAAAGACAAAAAUUUCUUAGUGACCAAGCUCGAGAAAACUGAAGUACCCGCUAUAACAGAGCUUAAGGAAAUUGUUAUCGAAAAAGGCGCCGAGAAAGAUUCAAGGAAGGAGGAAAAUAGAAGCAGUGAACAAGAUGCUGAAGUUAAAAAGAGUAAUCCCGCUGCCAAUGAAAAGAGCGCGACCAACAAUACAAAAGCCAUGAAGAAACAGGUUGACAUAAAGAUUGAAGGCGUGAAACCCCAAGUAAAUCAGCACAAAUUCGAGACAGGAAAAGUAGCGUCUGAACGAAUUGUUCCAGCAACACCGCGGAAACAAGUUAAAGAGUCAAGCCUCGUUGACUUCUCUAAUCUCCAACAACAAAAGACUGAUGAAAAUGGGCGUCGCCGAAAAUACGCAUCACCAUCUCCCAAGAAAACUCACAAACGAAAAAAUCAACCCAAGAAACCGAUCUUCUCAAAGGAAGACAUUCUCUUGCAAGUUGCUUCUAAAGCUAUAGAUAUUUGUGAGCUUCAGCACGUCUUAGCGAAUCACUUAGCCUUCUCAAAUGUCCAGCAAGUCCCUUUGUCUCAACUUCGAGACGUCAACUCAAUUAUCUCAACAUUGAAGCCUUACGAACUGCGUGCGCUUUUGGAAGACGAAAAAUGUAUAGGUGUCAUUUAUCGUGAAGGCAAAGACGCGGCUGGGAAACCUUUGGACGCAGAAUAUUAUUACGACUUGGAAAAUGACUCGGAUGAAAACAGGAGACAGCUGGUGUCUUCUUUGAAAGGUGGUCGAUCAGGAUUGAGAAGCUGUCGAAGAGUGCAUAAGCAGUACUUUUGGAAAAAGCCAACAAAAUAA